CAUGGUCUCGAACUGGUCGCUGUCAGAUCUCUUCGCCGACGUUGUCUGUGUGUCUGUGUUUGUAUGUUUCUCACCGUUUUAAAGAGAGAAAGAGACAACCACUGCGUAUGUCGAAUGAAUUUCUACUUCCAGUGUUCAUCAUAUCGUGAUUAUUACUAGAAGGCGAAAGAGAUUCUGGUUCUCCAAUAACUUUUCCUCCUUCAUCAUCAUGUGGGGUUUUGCUUCAAAUGUCAGCUCGAAAGACUCCACAAGACCCAAUCAAGCUUCUUCCGAAUGUUCUGAUGACGAAAUCUCCAUUAACAACAACAGAGAUGAAGCUCUAGAGUGCCCCAUUUGCUGGGAAUCCUUCAAUAUCGUUGAAAAUGUUCCCUACGUCUUAUGGUGUGGCCAUACCCUUUGUAAAAACUGUGUUCUUGGACUCCAAUGGGCUGUUGUCAAACUCCCAACUCUUCCAAUUCAACUCCCGUUUUUCAUAUCUUGUCCAUGGUGCAACCUGUUAUCACUUCGCCUUGUUUACAAAGGCAACCUCAAGUUUCCUAAAAAGAAUUACUUUCUUCUAUGGAUGGUUGAAAGCAUAAAUGGUGAAAGAAAGUCUCAUUCCAAUUCUUGUGGUGACCAUUUACUACCAGUAGUUCCUGGUUGGAGUUGGAGUCGAGGGUUGAUCACUAAUCAAGCUACCCAUACGAAUACCCAUGUGGGCCCACGUAGCCAUGUGAAUGCUGAGAGAUUGCAGUCAUCUUUGAGAAAAUCUUUGAUCUUUUUUGUUCACUUAACAGCUAAGUUCCCUUUGGUGUUCAUAUUUCUGCUUAUUGUUCUUUAUGCUAUACCUGCAAGUGCUGUGAUCUUGGCUGUGUAUAUUCUCAUCACAAUUCUGUUUGCUUUGCCAUCUUUUCUUGUUCUUUAUUUCGCGUACCCGAGUCUUGAUUGGUUGGUAAGAGAAAUCAUCACUUGAAGUAUGCAGAAUUUUGAAAGAUGUUGAAUCUUGGAAGAACUUUGGGUUGUAAGAAUCAUAUAUAUAUAAUAGAUUAGUUAUCAGGUGUCUUGUUACUUCUUUCUCUAUUCAUGUAAAAAAUGAGUGUGUAAUAUUGUGGAUUUUGUUAGAAUUUUUAUGGCAGUGUCAAAAGUAUGUAUAUUAUGAUUUA